GCACCGAAUAUUUAGCUCUCCCCAUCCACCUUGCGCUUCUCUGACCGUUGCAGAUAUGCCAUACAUUCACGUCGGUUGAUAGUGUCUAGCUACCAACGAUUGACUAGUCGAUUUCUCUAACAGCUGUUGGUCAGGCUAAUCUUGACGUUCGGCCCAGUAAUUCGGCCGCUUUCGUUGUCUCAACACUGAUGCCUAAUCUUCGCCUUCUUGCGGUAAGCCGAAGUUCUUUUACCCCGCGCAAGCAGCUAGCCUGUCGUUCAAGUACAGUCCUUCCUUCCUCCGAUCAGAACCUGAACCCCUACGGGAUGACUUAAGAGAGCUUCCAUCGGCUCUGCGUCGGCUGCGCAGCAAACGAGCACCUGCCACCAAGCACACUGCGGCCACUUUUACUUAUCCUUGGCACCGAAGUACACUGCAGAAUACGCAAAAUUUGGUAACCUAAUCUCGUAAGCCUACAAUGCAUCAGAUGGAGGACGCACAGACUCGAAAACAGGUUCUCAUUGAUGCUGCAAUCGACAACAACGAGCCGGAGCUACUGGGGCAUGUACUGAAGAUCAAUGCGCAAGAGCGCAUGGAGGAUUACGAAAAUCAAAGACUCAUAGAAGCCGCGACAAGAAAGAAUUCCCUACCAUGCCUACGCUAUCUCAUCGAACACGGCCUCAGCACUGAGUAUAUUGAUAUCUCGGGUGGGGAGGUCUCAAUUUCGACUCUCGAGUUCUUGCUUGCUCAUGGCUGGGACAUCAACUCGACAGGAACUCCACGGUCUUAUCGUAGUCCUUUCAUGUGGUCUUGUAUCCAUGACCGCGAAAAGCUUGUAUGGUGCAUAGAGCAUGGCGCCAGUCUUGCGACGCCCUGGCAGGAGCCGCAUAGAAAACCACGCGAGCCGAUACUCGAAAGAGUCGCAUGGGGUGGCGACAUCACGACAUUCGAGCUUUUACGUUCCAAAGGUGCUCCUUUGGGACCUUGUACGCUGCAUCAAGCCGUGGUGCGCGCAGCAUUUUGUCAUGAUUUUUCAGGCGACCCAGAAAAGGAUGAUGAAAAGCAAAGCCAAGGCAGAGCGCAGUAUACCCAAAGUAUGGCUAUGGUGCGCUAUCUGAUUGACGUAGUGGGCUUGGAUGUCAAUAAGGAGGACUUUCCGCCUGACACCAUAUGGUUACAAGGCGAAUGGGGGACGCCGUUGCAGUACAUUGUGUUGGCUGGCUUGGACCCAGGAAGGAACGCACGUGAGCUAGUAUGGUUCCUGCUCGACCGAGGUGCGGAUCCAAAGGCGGCACUCGUGGAGGCAAAGGCGUUUGGUGGUCACGCGGCCUUCAAAGAGUGGGUGGAGGCUUGGGAGCAAACUAGAGAAGAGAAGAAAGACAAGAGUCGAUGCACUGUCCUGUGAAUAUAACGGGCUUCAUGCCUCUUCUUUUGUCAAGAACGUGCUUCUGAUUGUGGCAAGUGGUGGACGAGCAUGCUAAAGUUACUUGGUAUCACCAGACACCAGACUAGGCUACAGAUCAAUCUGUAUCAUAACAUUCACACAACUGCAGCUAUCGCGCA